AUGUAUACCUUCUCCUUUAAGCUUGCUCCAAGCUGCUUCGAGUCCACUGCGGGACCCACGGCGGACGAGUUUCCAGCUGAGAGGGAGAAACUCCGGCAAGAGGAGCUCCUGGGUAUUGUCGAGCUUGCGAGGGGCAUUUUUGGGAUUCGAAUAGAGGAGGAAGAGCGAGGGAAAUGGCGGGAAGCAACGGCCGAGAAUUGGGCGGAGGACGCCAUUGGAGCUCGCACGCCCCACAAUACCAUGAUCUUUAUUCACCUCCAUGUCUCGACUCUAUCCGUACACGAGCUCACGCGCCUCAGGACACUCUUUUCCUUAUUUUCCAUUUCCUUACUCUCUUUUCCUUUGCCAGCCACGCGUUGUGCCCCGUAUUUCCUCAACCCUUUCUUCCUAGCGUCUUUUCCGAUAUUACCCCUCCGCCUAAUCGACGGCCGGGCUUUUCCGCUCCCCACGGCAGGGGCAUUUUCGGCAUCAAUGUUCUCGAUCGAGCUCAAAAAUUCGUGGGCCAGACUCGACGCCGCCGGUUCUUCGGGCCUGUCGAUUUCGCCCUCCUCGUAA